UGUCGCUGUUGCCGGAAGCGGAGGUGCGUCCCCCCGUUCGGGCCUGUACGUACUGCCGGAGGACCCCCCGGGCGCGUUGCUAAGGGCGACCGAGGUGCCGUUGCUGGGAUUUUCUGGGCCUGCCAGGAGAGAUGGGCGAGCCGGGCCCUGCCGCCGCCGCCUCGGCCAGAGCGCUGGUGCCGGUCCCGGCCGAGGCGGGCGCCUUGGCUGUGGUGAAGGAGGCGGCCCAGGAGGCCCCCAAGAGCAGCAAGAGGGUCCUGGACGAGGAGAGCUACAUCCAGAGUCUGGAGAAAAUCAUCCAAAGGGAUUUUUUCCCUGACGUUGAGAAAUUGCGUGCUCAGAAGGACUAUCUAGAUGCUGAAGAAAGUGGUGAUUUGGAGAAAAUGAGACAGAUAGCCAUCAAAUUUGGCUCUUCCUUGGGGAGAACUUCCAAAGACACCCCUGCACCAUAUGUUACUCCAGCCACGUUUGAAACACCCGAGGUUCAUCCCGGUGACCCCUCCACAUUGAAUAAGCCCAAGCUCCCAGUCAAAACUACAGACGAAGGUGAAACGGAGGAAGAAGAGAGCAAAGAUGCUCUGCCCAGCCUGGACAGCUUCUUGGCGAAACACACCAGCGAGGAUAAUGCUUCCUUUGAGCAGAUCAUGGACGUGGCAGAAGAGAAGGAGAGAGCCAGGCAUUCAUGGCUCUACGAUGCAGAAGAGGAAUUUGCCCAGCGGCACCAGGAGCAGCUGGCACUUCCGUCAGCAGAAGAGCAGCAGGCCCUGGCGAAUGGGAAAGCUGGGGUGGAGACAUGGGAGUACAAGGCUAAGAAUUCCCUCAUGUAUUACCCACCAGGUGUUCCCGAAGAGGAGAAUAUGUUUAAAAAGCCACGGGAAGUUGUCCACAGAAACACCCGUUUCCUGAAGGAUCCGUUCAGCCAAGCCUUGAGCAAAUCCCAGCUCCAACAGGCAGCAGCCCUCAACGCUCAGUACAAGCAGGGUAAAGUCGGUCCUGAUGGGAAGGAGCUCAUACCCCAGGAAUCUCCAAAGGUCAAUGGAUAUGGAUUUGUGCCCACGCCCUCCCCAGCUCCCGGUGUGAACGACUCCCCUCUUAUGACGUGGGGUGAGAUUGAAAGCACCCCUUUGAGGUUAGAAGGCUCAGACACACCGUAUGUAGACAGGACCCCUGGACCAGCCUUCAAGAUCCUGGAGCCUGGUCGCAGAGAGAGGCUAGGGCUUAAGAUGGCCAACGAGGCAGCUGCUAAGAACCGAGCAAAAAAGCAGGAAGCUUUAAGAAGAGUCACGGAGAACCUCGCCAGUCUUACUCCCAAAGGACUAAACCCAGCGAUGUCACCAGCCAUGCAACGCUUAGUCAACAGGACUGCCAGCAAAUUCACAGACAAGGCCCUCCGAGCCAGCUACACCCCAUCCCCUGCACACCUGAGCACACCUGGCUACAAGACCCCGGCUGGUGGGCCGCAGACACCCACAGUCACCCCAACUUCCAGGACAAAGUCUCAAACUCCAGGGACUCAGGACCCCACCUCUAUCACGGACAAUCUGCUGCAGCUACCUAAAAGGCGCAAAGCCUCGGACUUUUUCUGAGGAACGGCACCUCUCUUUCUCCUCUGCAGGGCCCUGCAUAGCAGAGUAUGUGGAUAUAGCUGACAAAAUAGACGCAAUAGCAACAAGAAGGGCUGCCCAGAUUUUCGGGAUUGCUUCUGCCCUCCAAUCCUGUGUUGCUGCUGCACUUUUGUCGGCUGCAAGGAGUAGCAAAUGUAGAAGGAAGCCUUUUUUGGCCAGGCAUCAGGUUUGAGCUUUGUCACCUUCUGUGCUACAUGAGCCCAGGAGCCAAGGAAAGAAAGACUGUACUGUAUGUGACGCGAACCUUUCUAAAGCAUUUUGGGCGGCUCUACAAAGGGGACCUUGUUGGUUGUGUUUAGGUGCCCCUGGUUCUGUCUGUACAGGCGUAUAUUUUUAUUUAUUGAACACAGAAAGCCUUUGGAUAAAGACUCAACACAAAUCUGAACUAGCGGGUAUGCCUGCGGCUCUCAACAUCACUGCUGGAGAAAUUCUGAUGAAUAUAUGAGAGCCACUUUCCAGCUUUACAUUAUUCAUCCAGGGAAUGACUUUCAGGCUGCUUCUCAGUGACAUGUGGCAUUUUCUGCUUGGGAGGGCCAGAGCUUUUGCUCUCAGAUGCCUACAGGAAGCCUGACUUUGGUUAGGGGAUGUGUAAGUGUGAUAUCCCCCAAAGCUGGAAAAGGCUGGCUUUAUUUUUAAAAAAAUAGUAAUUUAUUUUUGUAUAUUCUGCUCUUCUACCAACAGUAUCCAGAGCAGCAUACAACACACUUGGUAAAGCAUAUAGUAUAUAAUCAAUAAAAAGUACAUGUACAACUGAAGAACUAUGUGUAAAAGUAAUAAGAACAGGAAACAUAAAUAAAAAAAGCCAACGGCAGCAGAGGUAAAACAUAUUGCAAGUUAAAACUGGGUGCAGUAUUAGGCACUGUUAAUACAUUGAAUCUUCAGGGAAAUGUGCUUUCAGUUCUAGUGAAAGGCUCGCAAAGUGGGAGCCUGAUUAAUUUUGGGAUUGGCAAAGUAUUCCAGAGUCCGGCUAUUGCUUGUAGCCUUCAAAUGUCAUUCGACUCCAGCCCCCAGCAUCUUUGACCAUUGGAUAUGCUGGCUGGGGCUGAUGGAGUCUUAACAACAUCUGGAAGGCCCCAGGUUGGCCAUCCCUCUACUACAGGGAAGGCUUUCCAGGCAAUGGAGUUCUGGUCUUAGAAAGCCAUUUAGUUAGUCUCUCUCGGAACCAAUAAGUCAAUUGUGUGUUAAUGAUUUCAGGUGUGCAGAGAUGGGUGGCGCUUGGAAUUCACUGCACCACUUGUCUAUAUCAGAAGAACAUAAGGGCCAGCUGGAUCAGGCCAGUGGUCUGUCUAGCCAGCAUCCUGUUCUCACAGUGGCCACCCAGAUGCCUUUGGGAAGCCUACAAACAGGACACAGCACAAGAGCACUCUGGGUUUUUAGUAACUGGAAUUCUAAAGCAUUUCUGCUUCCACCUGUGGAGGAAGAGCAUAGCCAUCAUGUCUAUUAGCCCUUGACAGCCCUCAAUGAAUUUGUCUACCAUUCUAAAGUCAUUUGUCGGUGGCCAUCACUUCCAUCACUUUCUCUUGUGGGAGUGAGUUCCAUAGUUUAACUAUGCACUGCGUGCAAAACUUUCUUUUAUGUGUUGUGAAUUUUCUAACUGUUGAGUUUCUUUGUCUUAUGAGUUCUAGUGCUAUGAGAGAGGGAGUAAAACUCUUCUCUAUCCAUUUUUUCCAUGCCGUGCAUCGUUUUAUAAACUUCUGUCAUGUCACCUCUUAACUUGCCUCUUUUCCUAAACUCAAAAGUCCUAAAUGCUGCAAUUUAUCCAGAGGUUUAAUGAAAGUUGCCAUGACUCCAUAGCGCAAGGGUUAUCAGCACAGCACAGCAACAUUCAAAUCUCAUUUUCCCCCUAGUUGUGUGAGCAGGUUUUUACUCUUGUAAAAUAAAGCCACGCAAAUAUUAGUUAGUGUAUUGUACAUUAAAUCAUAAUAGCAAGGUCAAGGUAUCUCUGAUCUGUCACUUACUGACUUUGUUUUGGUAAUCAGCACCUGAAGAGGGGAGACUUGAGAAUAUAUAACAUUUCCAGGAUGAUUCUUAAUACCAUCUUAGCAAAAGACAAAUAUUUGGGGGGGGGCACCAGGAGCCCAUUUUUUAAAACGAAGCAACCUAUGGCAUGGAUGGGGGAAGCUGUGGCCCUCUGUAUGUUCUUGGACUCCAGCUCUCAUCAUCCCUGAUCAUUGGACUUGCUGGUUGUUGGGGUCCGUUAGUAUUUAGAGGACCACAGCUUCUCCAUCCUUUGCUGAUAGGAUUAUUCUCACUGGAGGAAUGCCUAUGAAAAAUCGUUGCAGGAAACAUAAACAAAUACAGUGGUGCCUCGCUAGACGAAUUUAAUUCGUUCCACGGGUCUAUUCUUAUAACGAAAAAUUCAUCUAGUGAAUCCCAUAGGAAUGCAUUGAAUUUUUUCGAUUCCCCCCCCCAUAGGAACGCAUUAAUUGAAUUUCAAUGCAUUCCUAUGGGAAACCGCGAUUCGCUAGACGAAUUUUUUGUAAAACGAAUUCGUCUAGCGAAGCAACCUCCGCUAGAAAAAUCCUUUCUUUAAGUGAAAAUUUCGUCUUACAGGGCGUUCGUUAAGCGAGGCACCACUGUAUGUGAGUCGGUUGGGACUCCUUGAGUCAAAUGCACACUGUUCUUGCAUUUCCGCUGUACAAUUUAUUCACACAUAUUUCUUCACGUAGGCCAGUGGUGGAGGAAGUAAGUCUCAGUAAGCAAGGCAUUGCAAAAUCAACUUCCUCAACUAUUACUGGAUGUCAGAAUUUUUUAAAAAAAGAAAAAAAAGUUGUCUCUGUGCUUGGAAAACCCCGGCAAAAUAAUAAGCAAACUUCACUGUUUCACUGUCCAGUUGCAGAUAUUACUAUGGCUUUAUUCACGCUUUAACUUUUAAGCACUAUGAUACCACUUUAAAUAGUUUUCCCCAAAAGGAUUAUGGGACCGGUAGUUUGUUAAGGGUGCUGAGAGUUGUUAGGAGACUACUGUGUUCACCAUUCCCAGAGUUUACCUGUGAAAAUGGAUUCAGGGACGU